AUGGAAGUCGUCCUAUAUUUCUUGUUCGAAAAUUAUGAUCAUGCUAUGACUGAAAUUGCUUUCAGGGACUGCUGGCCUGUAAUAGAUAAACAGCGAGAACAGCAAUUUCGAAAAACUUGCGUUCGACUUUUAUCUGAAAUUGCUGAGAAAGAGCCCAAUGCUAAUCUUCCUCGUAUUAUGGCAUCUGCAUUACUAAAUCCGACAGGUGAUCGCUUUUACUCUUUCCUAAAUCGUUUUUCGCUAUUGGUUAUGAGGAAACUUAUGGCUAACAAAUUCGGAAAGUCUCUCGGAUUGCCGCAGUUACCUAAAAUUAACCCUGAAAAAGCUGCGUUGGCUAAUUCCAUGAAAAAUAUCUUACUUGCUCAGCAGAUUCGUUAUAAAGAUAAAUUUUGCGAAUUAAGCUCGGAAACGGUUGAAAUGCAAAAUAAAUGGAAAGAGUUUGCUUUGACCUUGACUAAAAAAUAUCGCAAAACUAAUAAAACUAUCCGUGAAAUAGAAAAAGAAAUUAGUGCAAUUAACUCGCUUAUCAAGAAUAAAAAAGGGAAAUCCAGUAGCCCAUUUCAUGAAAAUCGUAAAUAUGACCAAGAUACCACUGCAAUAUUGCGUACUGAAAGUUUACAUAAGGUUAGAGAUUUAUGGACUCGCAUGAAUAAUUUCUAUUCUGGUCUACAAUCUCAGCGUGAGGUUGUCAACGCUGCAGUAGAAGGAAAUUUGCGACAAAAGGAAUUAAAUGGGAAUGACAUCCCCCUAAAAUUUGGUGUACCUCUGGAAUUUAUCGCUUCAUUUUCUGAAGGAAGACCUAUCACAGGGUAUACUGUAAUUUCUGCAAUUGCGUUAUCCUGCUUAUGCUUAAUCUCUAAGAUUGCUAUGAACCUCAAUCAUAGACAUCAGCAAAUUUUAAGAAAUAGCAAAGAACUAAGAUCCCUACUGACUUCUGGUGUCAUACCUGAAGUUAAAACUUCGAUAAAUGUAGCUGGUUCCCGCAUUACUAGCAAUGAAACCGAUGUUGGUAGAGUCCCUGGAAAUUACAUUACACCAAAAAAAACUAAUAUGACCUUAGGCUUGAUUCCUCCAUCGCCUGCUGUAUCGUUCUCUAAUUCACAAGCCAAACCUUUAGCCAAGAUUCAUGCCGCAAAAGAACAAGAGUCGACUCCGUACGUUAUUCGAACUUUGAGUCACAAGAUGAAGGUUGAUCAUAAUGCAAACACGAAGAAAGACAUACCUAUUAUUGAAGAAAAGAACACAGCUACAAAAAAUUCGAACUACUCUAUUGAUAACAAAGUAGAUAGAAAUAACCCCAAAAGUAGCAAUAAAACAAAUAUUCUGCAUCCUAAUAAUGGUAAAAGCGGAAUUCCCAAGCAGAUUAAGAAGACGAAAAAUUCUCAUAGUAAUAAACCUAAUACAUUGGAAACCUAUGAUGACCUAGCUUCGAAGAUAGCAUCUACUGUAACGGAUGACAAACUUGUUACGACUCCGAGCCUAGAAAGAUCACUUGGCCUUAAACUCAAGACUGCGAAGACCGAAAAGAGGACUGAAGAAACAGGUGAUGGCAAUUUAUAUGACCUUAAAGAAGAUAAGACGGUGAUUUCUGCUGAUCACAGCAAAACCAACCCAUCCGACGAUGGUGCACAAGGUCGUAUAUCAUUUUUAACGCUAUUAGAAUCUAAUGCAACAAGCGAAAAUACUGACAAUCCUAUGCUAAGCUCUGAAAAUUGGAAUAAUUUAAGUGAACAACUAAGGAAGUUCAGAGUUAAUAAGGCAGAAACCACGAGUGAGAUAGUUGCCAAUGCGGACUAUUUAGAUAGCCAAAUUACUUCCUUAUCGAAUAACUCAAGUGAUAAUGAUCACAUCAUUGAAUCACCACUUCAGCCUUCCAAUUCUUUAGACAAACAUGACGAAAAUAACGACAAUAUAAACAAUAUAAAGUCAACCGGUAAGAGUGAGAUCGACGUAGAAGUUUCGCAAGCGAUCCAAGCCGCAUUACACGACCUCAAUACUUAUUCAUCUUCCAAUUCUUCGGAUAAACUUUCCGUUAUUAAAGAUAACUAUGCAGCUGAGGAAAAAGACAAUGAAAGCGAGCUUGAUUGCGAUGAAGACCAAUAUGACACAAAAGACUACAAACCAGCAGAAUCCGAUAUAAGUAAUGAGUAUAAGGACCUGCAAAGAGAAGUAGAUGAAGAAAAUAAUUUCGAUGAUCUUCAUAUUGAAUAUUUGGAUAAAACUACUCCAUCAGACCUUGAUGAUGCAAAACAAAAUACUGGAAUUGAGCUGAGUAAAGAGCAUUAUACUACAGGAGAUAUUAUCUCAUUUGAUAUAAAUUUAUCGAACAGCGAUAUUUAUAGUGGAAGUGAAUGUGGUUCUCCCGGCUUACCUGAAUUGAUCGAAAUACCAGAGGUUUCAGCAAGGAAACCUGCUAACGUAUUUGGUAGUCGUUUAGCAGAUAUUAAAAAGGGAGAUUCGGCCUUUCCGAAGUUUGACCUCAAACUUGAUGAUGUAGCAAUGAAUGAACAGGAAGAUAACUGGCUGCUUUCAGAUGGAAAACUACAUUGA